AAUGGGAAAUAGCCUGGACAUAUCGAGCAUCCCAAAAUGUGUGGUUUUGAAUUCUGUCUCUCUUAUUUUACACUGAGCAUCAUUGUAAUGCUUGAGCUCCCAGACAAAGAUGAAGUGGGUAGAGAAAGAAAGAGACGGAGGCAAGAGUCUCAGUGGGUAUCAGAUCAGAGUUUGGGGCGAAACAAGGGAAUGAGAAGAAGUGUCCCCUCCAGGCUCCUCCACAUCUCACAUUAAACGUCAUUGAAGCAAAAAUGUCUGAUGGUGCUGCAGUUUGGAUUGGUCUGACUGACAGUGAUGAGGAGGGCAGAUGGAAAUGGGUUGAUGGCAGCACACUGACCUCUGGCUUCUGGAUGUCUGGGGAUCAAAAUGGAGAUAGAGGAGAGAACUGUGUUCUAACUUAUACACCAGGAUGGGCUGAUUAUUCAUGUAAUGAUCAUUUUCAAUGGAUCUGUGAGAAAACCAUUAAAACAAGACAUUAAAUCACAGACUUGUUUAUGCUGUAAAUUAUGAACAGACAUAAAGGUCUUUCUCUCCUUAAGACAAUCUAAGCAAAAUAUAUACACAAUUAUGUUCUCUUCCACAGUAUCUGAAGUUCUUCAGUGUUCACUUCAUUCACUUUAACAUCUUCUGUACCACUUAUAACUUGAUGCCAUAUUUAUUGUCUAUCAGGUCAUCAUCAGAAAUAUUUCUAAGUAGAAUUUUACCUCUCACAAUAGUCCAAGACUUACUGAUUUCCAAAUGUUUCUGUAUUAACCCAAAACUAUACUCCCCAGAAUAUCUGACUUUCCUUUAACUCAACUGCCAUGAACAGGGAGCCCUGAGCAGAUUCCUGAGCAUCUUGGGUGAUAUUUAUGAGUCUGUGAACGAGACGGCAGAGACACACAGAGCAGCCAGACUAAACGCAACAUUCAGUAUUAUAAUGUCUGACUAUAAAAGACUAGAGAUGUCUGAGGUCAUUUAUGAGUGUGUGAGCAGGACUGAGCUUCAGGACAUAGACAGAGAGAGAGUGGAGAUGAUUCUGGGUAUCUGUGACAGUAUGAGAGAUCAUGACUUCAGGACAGAGACAAACACACAUCAACCACUGCAGCGUACAGGAAGUGAUCAUGUAAAGAUCAGAAGCUCCAGAGCUGCUCCAGCGUGUGUGGUGCUGCUGUGUGUUCUUCUGCUGACUGCAGUCAUAGUGCUGCUACUAAACAAGAUUACCAGCCUCACAGAAGAGAGAGACCAGCUGCUAAACAAGAUUACCAACCUCACAGAAGAGAGAGAUCAGCUACUAACCAAGAUUACCAACCUCAUAGAAGAGAGAGAUCAGCUACUAACCAAGAUUACCAACCUCACAAAAGAGAGAGAUCAGAUGCUAACCAAGAUUACCAGCCUCACAGAAGAGAGAGACCAGCUACGAACCAAGAUAACCAGCCUCACAGAAGAGAGAGACCAGCUACGAACCAAGAUUACCAUCCUCACAAAAGAGAGAGACCAGCUACGAACCAAGAUUACCAUCCUCACAAAAGAGAGAGACCAGCUACGAACCAAGAUUACCAGCCUCACAGAAGAGAGAGACCAGCUACUAACCAAGAUUACCAGCCUCACAGAAGAGAGAGACCAGCUGCUAACCAAGAUUACCAGCCUCACAGAAGAGAGAGACCAGCUACGAACCAAGAUUACCAUCCUCACAAAAGAGAGAGACCAGCUACGAACCAAGAUUACCAUCCUCACAAAAGAGAGAGACCAGCUACGAACCAAGAUAACCAGCCUCACAGAAGAGAGAGACCAGCUGCUAACCAAGAUUACCAGCCUCACAGAAGAGAGAGACCAGCUACUAACCAAGAUUACCAGCCUCACAGAAGAGAGAGACCAGCUACGAACCAAGAUAACCAGCCUCACAGAAGAGAGAGACCAGCUACGAACCAAGAUUACCAUCCUCACAAAAGAGAGAGACCAGCUACGAACCAAGAUUACCAUCCUCACAAAAGAGAGAGACCAGCUACGAACCAAGAUUACCAGCCUCACAGAAGAGAGAGACCAGCUACUAACCAAGAUUACCAGCCUCACAGAAGAGAGAGACCAGCUGCUAACCAAGAUUACCAGCCUCACAGAAGAGAGAGACCAGCUACGAACCAAGAUUACCAUCCUCACAAAAGAGAGAGACCAGCUACGAACCAAGAUUACCAUCCUCACAAAAGAGAGAGACCAGCUACGAACCAAGAUAACCAGCCUCACAGAAGAGAGAGACCAGCUACUAACCAAGAUUACCAGCCUCACAGAAGAGAGAGACCAGCUACUAACCAAGAUUACCAGCCUCACAGAAGAGAGAGACCAGCUGCUAACCAAGAUUACCAGCCUCACAGAAGAGAGAGACCAGCUACGAACCAAGAUUACCAACCUCACAGAAGAGAGAGACCAGUUACGAACCAAGAUUACCAGCCUCACAGAAGAGAGAGACCAGCUACUAACCAAGAUUACCAGCCUCACAGAAGAGAGAGACCAGCUACGAACCAAGAUUACCAGUCUCACAGAAGAGAGAGAUCAGCUACUAACCAAGAUUACCAGCCUCACAAGAGAGAGAGACCAGCUACGGACCAAGAUUAUCAGCCUUACAAAAGAGAAAGACCAGCUACUAACCAAGAUUACCAGCCUCGCAGAGGAGAGAGACCAGCUAAAAAUCACAAUCAAAGCUUUAAAAACAGAGAAAGAUCCGUUAUUGAUCGAGAACCAAAACCUGACAAAUAAAUUGAAAGAGUUAUUAUCCAAGUAUGAUGAUCUAAUAAAUCAACUUAAUGAAAUGGAUGGAUGGAUUUACUUUCAAUUCAGUUUUUACUACAUUUCCUCUGAGGAGAUGAGCUGGACUGAGAGCAGAAGAGACUGUACAGAGAGAGGAGCAGAUCUGAUCAUCAUAAACAACAGAGAGGAACAAGAUUUUGUUAUGAAAAGGUCUAAUUGUCCUGGAGUCUGGAUUGGUCUGACUGACAGUAAUGUGGAGGGCAGAUGGAAAUGGGUUGAUGGCACCAUGAUGACCUCUGGGUUCUGGAGGUCUGGCGAGCCAAGUGGAGGUAGAUGUGAGAACUGUGUUCUAACUGAUUCAUCAGGGUGGGCUAAUUAUCCAUGUAAUUAUCAUUAUCAAUGGAUCUGUGAGAAAACCAUUAAAACAAGACAUUAAAUCACAGACUUGUUUAUGCUGUAAAUUAUACAGACAGACAUAAAGGUCUUUCUCUCACUUUAAGACAAUCUAAGGAAAAUAUAUACAAACAUGGGUUUUCUUUCUCAGUUUGUUUUAACACUUAAAGCCUUUAUGUUUAAUGCAUUAUAAAGGUAUUUAUAAUGUGUUAUAAUGUACUAUAUCUUUUCAUAAAUAAUUGUAACCAAAGUUAAAAUGUGUUAUAAUUGUAGAUUCUUUGUUACAUCUGAAAUGGUCUUGUUUGUCAUGUGUUUUGUCAUGUUUGAAUGCAUUAUAAGGAAUAAUUAAUGCAUUAAAAUACUUUUAUGUAUAAAGGAUUUAUGUAAAGUGUUAUUAAAUGUAUGUUCAAUUAAUCACUAGUGAAAAUAUAA